AUGGAAAGGAUUUUGUUUAUAGAUGCAUUGUUUCAAUUGUUGUUAUUAGUAAAAAGUUCAAGUGUUACAGUUUAUCAAGGAGAUAUUUUACCUCAACAUGGACGCUGUGAGCCAAUAACCAUACAAUUUUGUCAACAUCUAAAAUACAAUCAAACCCUAUUUCCUAAUUUGCUAAACCACGCCAAGCAAGAAGAUGCUGGUGCCGCAAUUCAUAGAUUUACAACACUCAUAAAAGUGAACUGUUCUCCAGAUUUAAAACUAUUUUUAUGUUCAGUAUACGCCCCAGUAUGUACAAUAUUAAAUAAACCAAUACAACCUUGUCGGCAUUUGUGCGAAUCGGCUAGACAUAACUGUGACGAAUUAAUAACUAAAUAUGAUUUUGUUUGGCCUAAAGAAUUGGAAUGUUCAAAUUUCCCAGUCUUAAAUAUUGACAAUGUAAUAUGCUUUGGGAAUAAUAAUGUAACAAAUGAAUCAAAAAAACCUCCCCGAACUAAACUUCCUAAGGUAGAUUAUAAAUCGAGCUAUGAGAGAGAUCCUAUUAAAUUACAUGGAGCAAAAAACAUAGGUUUUGUAUGCCCAGUACAAUUUAAAAUACCAGAAAAUUUAGAUUUGGAGUAUUCCCUUAAAGUAGGGGAUAAAAUUGAAUAUAACUGUGGUGCACCAUGCAAUGGAAUGUUUUUUAGUGAAGAUGAAAAAAACUUUGCCAGAUUAUGGAUUGGGAUUUGGGCUACUUUAUGUGCAUUGAGCUGCUUAUUUACUGUGUUGACAUUUCUAAUAGACACAGAUAGGUUUCGUUAUCCUGAGAGGCCUAUAAUCUUUUUAUCAGUUUGUUAUCUUAUGGUAGCUGCUGCUUAUGUAAUGGGCUGGAGUGCAGGAGACAGUGUUAGUUGUCAAGGACCAUUUUCUUCUACAAUAAGUGGUACAACAUUACCUAACAUUUCAGUAAUUACACAAGGAACAAAACAUGAACCAUGUACCAUUCUUUUUAUGGUAGUGUACUUUUUUAGUAUGGCCUCUAGUAUUUGGUGGGUCAUAUUGACUCUUACAUGGUUCUUGGCUGCUGGUCUUAAAUGGGGACAUGAAGCAAUAGAAGCAAAUUCACAAUAUUUUCAUUUAGCUGCUUGGGCUGUACCUGCUGUUAAAACCAUAUCAAUAUUAGCUAUGGGAAAAGUUGAUGGUGAUAUUUUGUCUGGUGUUUGUUAUGUAGGUCUAUGGGAUGCAGAGGCACUAAGAGGUUUUGUUCUAGCACCAUUAUGUGUGUAUUUAGUUUUAGGAACAAUAUUCUUAUUUGCUGGUUUUGUUUCACUUUUUCGAAUAAGAACAGUUAUGAAGCAUGAUGGUACCAAAACAGAUAAACUGGAAAAACUAAUGAUUCGCAUAGGUAUUUUUGGAGUACUAUAUACAGUUCCAGCACUCCUUGUAAUUGCUUGUUUAUUUUAUGAACAAGCUCACUUUGAUAGUUGGAUGGGAACAUGGCAUCGUGAUAUGUGUGCAAUGCCAGUGUACUCUAUACCAUGUCCAUUUACAUAUCAAGAAACUGAAAGACCUAAAUUUGAGAUGUUUAUGAUAAAAUAUCUUAUGACAAUGAUUGUUGGAAUCACCUCAAGUUUCUGGAUUUGGUCUGGAAAAACUUUAGUAUCUUGGCAUCAAUUUUUUGAUAGAAUAAAAGGCAGGAGAGUUGAAGCUUAUGUA